ACUGAGCCACCCAGGUGCCCCAAUAUAUCUGCUAUUUUAAAAUUCUUUAGAGUUCUUUUUAUUUCUUACUGGCCGCUCCUGCAUUACUCCAGUGUCUGUUAUAGUGAAUAAUUCUUUAUACUAAACUUUCCCCAUUCACAUUACUGGAUGGGUUCUCUCUCCUGUGUUUGGACCCUUGGUUGAAUUGUGUUAUUUAACAGAUUUGGUGGUGGUGACAAAGCUGGAAUUCCUGACAAAGCUGGAAUCCGUGGUAGGACUCCCCGGUUGGAAGCCAGGGCCAGCCAAGGGAGCCAGUCACUGCUCCCGUUGAGUUGCUUCCUGAGGCUGAGAGGAAGGAGGGACAAAGACCCUGAUUUCUCUUUUACUCUCCCCUUCCAAUCUCCCAGUCUCCAGUCCCUACCAGUGUCCCCCACUGGCCAAACCCAGCUGGAAGCCAUAUGACACAGGGACCAGGGAACACAGACCACUUUGAUACAGAGCAGAGAAGGGAAAGGUAAGGAAUGGGUCUGUUAAAAAAAAGAAAAUCGCAGGCCCCAAAUGGUGUCACUUAGACAGAGUUCCCAAACCAGAGCAUAAGACCCAAUCUACUUGUAUUUUCAACCUCCCCAAGAAAUGUGACCUUCACCGGUCAGUCAGGAAAUGUUUCCUUUCAUCAGUGCCAAGGAGUCUGUCAACUGGGCCCUCUCCAUUCCCCCAAAGAAAGAUGAGGUAAUCUGCAUGAGAAGACCCCUUGCUUUUCUCCUAGCAAACAGCUUCCUCUGGAACAAUCCUUUUGUUUUGUUAGUAACUUUCUUGUCCCUGCCCUCUGUCUAUAAAGACCUUCCAUUUUGUACAGCUCCUCAGAGCGCCUCUCUGCUUGCUAGAUGGGGUGCUAUCAGACCCAUGAUUGUUUAAUAAAACCAAUUAGAUCUUCAAAUUCACUUGGUUGAAUUGUGUUAUUUAAUAGAUUUGGUGGCAGUGGUGGGAUCCAAAGCACACUUCUAGCAGCAUUUGGAGACAGUGAGAAUCACAAGUGUGGUGUCUGCAAAUCCCUUUGAGUUCACUGUAUUUCUUGCGUUUUCCAAGGGUAAGCUCCUCUUGAUCUCAGUUUUGCUCUGUUUUGUGUUUGAGCUCUUCGUCUCAUCAGCUUUUCUUUGCAGGGUGGGUCAGCUUGAGCUGGUAGACAGUUAUGCCCAGAGCCAGUUGAGCUGGCAUGUUUGCCUGGAACCCUACUGAGCUGGCAGAAGAGUCUGCUCAGAGCCAAGCCUCUAGACUCUCAGACCGCAAUUCCCCAGGUGGAAAACCCCAGCAAGAUUCCAUGGAAAUUGGUGGUGGUAUACACAGGGCCUUCUUUUGGCCAGGACCCAGUACUACUAUUAUAUUAAAGUGAAGAUUUGUCUGUCUUAUCUUGUGAACUACUCCUGUGCGUUUUGUAGAACUCCUAACAGGACUGUCAAUCAAGGGGCUAUGCCUCUCUCCAUUACAUGGGACCCACGUGGGCCCAUCAGGAUCUUGUAUAUCCUCUGGAUGCAGAGACUGGUAUAUAGUGUCUCAUCCAAUCUUAGGAACAGAGGCAUUUGGAAUGGAUUGAUGCAUAAAAGAGAAUGGCCUCCUUUCUGUCUCCACUGCUGCCAUGGUGCCCCUGAAAAAGCUUUUCAUGAAGGGGGGGCAAAAAAAGGAAGCAAGUUCUGAAGUUUACCCUUGACUGCAUUCACCCUGUAGAAGAUGGAAUCAUGGAUGCUGCCAAUUUUGAGCAGUUUCUUCAAGAGAGAAUCAAGGAUCUCUGCAUGGCCAGUUUCCGGUAAUUUGGCUUCAUUCGUCCAGCAGAUACUGCAAUCCGGGCCUUAAAAUCAUUCACCUACGAUCAACAAAGGGAGACCGGAAUCCUGGCAAAUCCCCAAUUAGCAAGGCUGAAGCUCAAAGAGCUAAACACUUAUUUUUAAGAAAUGGUCCAAAUCGCAGGAAAACCACGCAGUCCUUGUUCCUCAAGGUGUUUCCUUAACACGGACAAAAAACUGAAAAGCUGUGCCUGGCUCUGGUGAACAAAGCCCGACUGCACCAUCACGUUCAACACUAAAGCUCUUCCCACAUUCGCGAUCCACCAGGGAGCGCGCUCUUCUCCACCCACUCCCCGACAACCGGUCGCAAAAACACGACCCCGGCACAGCGGACUCUACUGACGCCGCGCCCGCCACCCGACUACGACGUCAGCGAGGAGUCCCAGGAGCGCGGCGGGUAGUUGUCGAGCAGGUGGAGGUGGAGGCAAGAAGAGGGGGGCGGACCCGCGCUCACACAGUCUUCGGCUUCCGUCAUUUCCGGGUGCGACCGCCGCUUCUGUCCGGCUGGGCGCUGGACGCGUUGGGUGCACUCUUACUGCGUCUGACCGUCUGCACUAACUGCCCCUUCCCUGUUCCCAGCGGGAAGAACAUGAGUGUUCCUGGGCCGACGUCCCCGGACGGGGUCCUGCCAGGGCCACCCCUCGGCCGGGGGGCAGGGGAGCCGACGCCGGGCUUAAGGGACGCUUCUCCAGAUGAAGGGUUACUAGAGGACUUGACUGUAGAGGACAAAGCUGUGGAGCAGCUUGCAGAAGGAUUGCUUUCUCACUACCUGCCAGAUUUGCAGAGAUCAAAACAAGCUCUUCAGGAACUCACACAGAACCAAGUUGUAUUACUAGACACACUGGAACAGGAGAUUUCAAAAUUUAAAGAAUGUCAUUCUAUGUUGGAUAUUAAUGCUUUGUUCACUGAAGCUAAACACUAUCAUGCCAAGUUGGUGAAUAUAAGAAAAGAGAUGUUGAUGCUUCAUGAAAAGACGUCGAAGUUAAAAAAAAGAGCACUUAAGCUACAGCAGAAGAGGCAGAAAGAGGAGUUGGAGAGGGAGCAGCAACGCGAGAAGGAAUUUGAAAGAGAAAAGCAGUUAACUGCCAAACCAGCUAAGAGGACGUGAGAAGCUGAGCACGCAUGUGUGUUCGCCCUCCCCUGCCCGUGUGGCCGGCAUCCAGGGUGACCUCAGG